CAUCGAUAUUCACAUUAGAAUGUUGUUUGAAGCUGAUGGCGUUGAGCAAGGAUUUUUUCCAAUGCGGCUGGAACAUCUUCGAUCUGAUUAUAGUAUCUGCGAGUUUGCUGGAUUUGAUCUUCGAGCUGGUCGACGGACUGUCUGUCCUUCGAGGAUUGCGUUUGUUGAGGGUAUUAAAGUUAGCCCAAAGUUGGAUAACAAUGAAAGUUCUCCUGAGCAUAAUCAUAAGCACGAUCGGUGCUCUGGGAAAUCUCACGUUCGUCUUGGUUAUUGUCAUAUACAUUUUCGCCGUCAUCGGCAUGCAGCUCUUCUCCAAAGAUUACACGCCGGAUAAGUUCGCUCCGGAUCCAGUUCCCAGGUGGAAUUUCACCGACUUUUUUCAUUCCUUCAUGAUGAUCUUUCGCAUCCUGUGCGGUGAAUGGAUCGAACCCCUCUGGGAUUGCAUGCGAGCUGAAAGCACAGAGGGCCCUGGUACAUGUCUUGCAAUCUUCCUACCAACUUUAGUAAUGGGUAACUUCAUGGUCCUCAACCUCUUCUUGGCUCUGUUGCUUAACAGUUUCAAUUCCGAAGAAUUGAAAACGAGGAAGGAGGUAUUCAUAAAGGAAGUAGGCGAUGAGUCGAAAUUGGCACAGAGUUUCGAACGAAUUAGGGAGCUCGUUAGGAAGAAAAGGCAACAGAGGAUGCAAGAACAACAUCAGAAUGAAAAUAAUUCUCGAUUGGAGCAGAUUGUCCGUGAAGUUAUGCAGAGACACGCAGAAGAGGAAGCCUUCCAAAAAGUGGGUAGGACAACUAAAGCUUUACAAACAGUGGUUGCUUUUCCUAGAGACAAGAGAAGCUAUCAGGAAGCUAUGAACAGACCAAUAUCGAUCAUAAGCUAUGAUCCACCAGAAUAUCAAGAAGUAGAAAGAGGCGAUGGACAGAUGUCUCAGGUGAAAGGUUAUUCAACAUUAAUAAAUGGAGCAUCUGAGGAAGGAGAAUGCUACGAGAAAAAGCCAUUAGUUUUAAGGAAUAAACAAUUGAGUAUCGACUUGAAGCAAAAGAGAAUCUCAGCUAACCGACCUACUGUAAAGGCAACGAAAGAUGAAAGCGUAGAGAGUGUGGAAAUGAAAAAUAUGAAUCGCGGAGCUUCGGCUGAUACAGAGAAUGACGAAGAGUCAGCUCUGUGUCCGCAAAGAAGUAAGGACCUUGGACAGGCUUUGGUUUCGUACGUGGAUGAGUUAACAGUCGGAGGGAGGAGAAAUUCCAAAGGGCAGUUUAUCGAUGGUAUGGGCAACUUCCCUUAUUUUGGUAGAAACAAAAAGCCAAAAGCACCACCCGAUUGUUUUCCUCAACAUUGUUACCAAAAGUGCGGUUGCUGGAACAAGUGUCUGAAAACGAAGGUCGGUCUAAAAUGGACCCAAGGUAGAACAGCUGUUGUUUCUGUCGUCGAUACACCAGCAUUCGAAUGGUUCAUCCUGGUGUUAAUCUUUGCUUCGAGUGUUACCUUGUGCUUUGAAGAUAUCCAUUUAGACGAAAAUCCAAACUUGAAGGCAGUGCUCUAUUGGACCAACUUAGCAUUCUCGAUGAUCUUCGUCAUUGAGAUGGUCUUGAAAUGGAUUGCUCUGGGAUUUCACAAAUAUUUCACCAGUUUCUGGACUCUGUUAGAUUUCCUAAUUGUUUUUGUUUCACUGUUCAGUUUAUUAAUUGAAGAGAACGAAAAUUUAAAAGUGCUAAGAUCUUUGCGUACAUUAAGAGCCUUGCGACCCUUAAGGGCGAUUAGUAGAUGGCAAGGUAUGAGAAUUGUAGUGAACGCCUUGAUGUAUGCCAUACCAAGUAUCUUCAAUGUUUUGCUAGUAUGCUUAGUGUUUUGGUUAAUCUUUUCAAUUAUGGGGGUGCAAUUUUUUAGUGGCAAAUUUUAUAAAUGCGUUGACGAAACCGGCGAAUUGUUACCUAUUCAUAUUGUUAAUAACAAGUGGGAAUGCAGUGAACAAAAUUUCAGUUGGAUCAAUUCGAAGAUAUCCUUCGAUCACGUUGGCAUAGCGUAUCUGGCCCUCUUUCAAGUGGCCACAUUUGAAGGAUGGAUGGAAGUCAUGGCUGAUGCAGUGGACGCUCGAGGCGUCAACUUGCAACCUCAGCGAGAAGCAAAUCUCUACGCUUACAUUUAUUUCGUGAUCUUCAUCGUUUGCGGCUCUUUCUUCACCCUCAACCUGUUCAUUGGAGUUAUUAUAGAUAAUUUCAAUAUGUUAAAAAAGAAGUACGAGGGAGGAGUACUUGAAAUGUUCCUAACUGAAAGUCAAAAGCAUUAUUAUACAGCGAUGAAGAAAUUGGGGAGGAAGAAACCGCAGAAGGUUAUAAGAAGACCUCUGAAUCCGUUUUUGGCGAUGUUCUAUGACCUUUCGAAUUCGCGUCGAUUCGAAAUAGCAAUUUUCGUGCUGAUCUUUCUGAACAUGUUGAGCAUGGGAAUCGAGCAUUACGAUCAGCCUCAUGCUGUCUUCUUCAUACUGGAAGUGAGCAACGCUUUCUUCACCACAGUUUUCGGAUUAGAAGCCAUCGUAAAGAUAAUCGGUUUGAGGCAUCACUACUUCACGGUGCCUUGGAAUGUCUUCGACUUUUUACUGGUACUGGCUUCUAUAUUCGGUAUUCUCAUGGAAGAUAUAAUGAUAGACUUUCCCGUCUCGCCGACAUUGUUAAGAGUAGUGAGAGUUUUUAGGAUUGGUAGAAUUUUAAGAUUAAUUAAGGCCGCUAAAGGAAUUAGGAAAUUAUUAUUUGCAUUGGUGGUUUCGUUGCCGGCUUUGUUUAACAUCGGAGCUCUUUUGGCUUUGAUAACAUUUAUUUAUGCCAUUAUUGGCAUGUUUCUGUUUGGGCACGUGAGGCAACAAGGUGCCUUAGAUGAUAUGGUGAACUUUCAAACAUUCGGGAGAUCGAUGCAUCUUCUCUUCAGACUUAUCACCUCGGCAGGAUGGAAUGAUGUCUUGGAGUCGCUGAUGAUAGCACCUCCAGAUUGCGAUCCUACUUUCAAGAGGCAAUCGAAUGGGGACUGCGGAUAUCCCCUCUUAUCGAUAAUCUACUUCAGUAGCUUCAUCAUCAUCAACUAUAUGAUAGUCAUCAACAUGUACAUAGCUAUAAUCCUGGAGAAUUUCAAUCAGGCGCAUCAAGAGGAGGAGAUUGGCAUUGUCGAGGAUGACCUAGAGAUGUUCUACAUAAGAUGGUCAAAAUAUGAUCCUCACGCAACGCAGUUCAUCGGGUUUUCUCAGCUGUCCGAUUUCAUUGCAUCAUUGGAUCCUCCUUUGGGUAUUUCCAAACCUAAUACUGUUGCUUUGGUCAGCUUCAAUUUGCCGAUAGCGAAAGGGAAUAAAAUCCAUUGCUUGGACAUAUUGCAUUCUCUGGUCAAGCAUGUUUUAGGACACGUAGAGGAAACGGAUAACUUUAGACAGUUACAAGACCAGAUGGACAUAAAAUUCAAAAAGCAAUUUCCGACUAGAAAAGAAUUAGAGAUAGUCUCGUCGACGAGAAUCUGGAAGAGGCAGGAUAAAGCGGCGAAGAUUCUGCAGAAAGCGUUCCGUGAUUACGUAAGGUGCAAAGCUUUUUCUUAAAUUCCAUUCACUCCACACCAAAUUUAAUGCAAUCUUCGACCAAAAACGAAACACCUAUAUCAGCCUAAGUAUGUUAUGUUUUUUUACGCAGAAAAGGGAUUCAGGAUUUUCAGUACUAACAGAUUCUACAAAACACAUGCUUUUUGCAACUCCAAAUUCAAAAUCUUUCGUAAUCUAUUGAAUCAGUAACUGAAAUCCUCAUGCCCUCAUAAAAUAUAUAAAUAAACAAAUUCAUUAUUAAAUU